AUGACUGUUAUGACUGCUAUGUUUGCUCAAAAUGUUGCUCCUUAUCAAAUUGGUGAAGCAUGGAUUCUUGACACUGGCGCCUCACAUCAUAUGACCUCUGAUGUUCAUAAUCUUAAUCAAGUUGUUCCUUUUGAAGGCUUUGAUAAGAUCAAGAUUGGGAAUGGCCAAGGACAAGAUGGUAUUAUUAUUACUAGAUCUGAUGCAUCUCAGGUUCAACAUACAAUUGAUCAGCUUGGGGAGUUGUUUGAUCUUAAAGACGUUGGAGCUCUUACUUAUUUUCUUGGUCUUUAUAUCCAAUAUCGAGACAAUGGUACUUUGUUUGUAAAUCAAACCAAGUAUGCCAAAGAGCUACUCAAGAAAGCAGGGAUAGACAUUUGUAAACCAGCUUCAACUUCUUCCAAACCUCAUACUCAAGUUUGUACUACUGAAGGCCUUCCUUUGGAGGAUCCAACUUUCUAUAGAAGUUUUGUAGGUGUUCUUCAGUACCUUAGAUUUACUAGGCCUGAUAUAUCACAUGUUGUCAAUGUUGUUUGUCAGUAUAUGAGUCAUCCUACUGAAUCUCAUUUGUUCUUGGUCAAGCGAAUUCUCAGAUAUAUCCAGGGUAUAUUACAUUGUGGUAUUAAUUUUCAGCCUUCUCCUGAUACACAAUUGUCUGCCUACUCAGAUUCCGAUUGGGUAGCCAAUAUAAGUACACGACUAUCUCAGACUAGUUAUGUUGUGUUUUUUGGUCCCAAUCCUAUAUCUUGGUAG